AUGGAAGAAGCAGAAACCGUGGAGUACUGGGCUGGGAACCCAUCGGUGGAGAUCAUCCACGGGCACAUCAAGGUCUCCCGCGCCGCCGACACCGAGGCUGCUGGAAGCAGCUCGGGCAAGCCAGAGGCAUGCAUGGUUUUGGCCAGCUCAGUGCCCUGUCAUAUGUCCGCCCCGGAGUUCUGCGACUUCCUCGGCGCCUUUGGACCCUCGACCCACCGGCGCUUCCGUCACUGCCGCGUGUUGCACGGGAAGAACAGUGAGGAAUACCUCAUUGCACUGCUCAUGGCCACUCCGCAGGACGUGCAGUGGCUGAUUGACGACUUUCAUGGGAAGAGCUUCAAUGCCAUCGAGCCUGGUGUUUGUAAUUUGCACUUUGUUUGGGCGUGUCAAACAGGCCCGCUCUUGGAGGACUCGGCCAGCCCCAACACCUUCGGUCGCCGCUGGUCGCCGGUGCCGCAGCAUGCGGAUCGGCCCAUGGUCCGGGAGCCGUGUCCCUCCACGCCCUUCAUGUUACCCAGCGCCUCCCACGGCUAUGAGCCUCCAGCGCCUUCACCUUCACCGCCACCACCAGAGCUGCCAGAGCUCUUCGUGGGGACGGGCGCGGGCACGCAGAGCGUGGUCUCUCCCACACCCACGGCCUCCGCUGGAGAACGGCCUUUUUGCGCGGUUUGCUUGGAGACAGUGGACUCGAACCCCUCGGAGUAUCAGCUCACCGAGCUGGGUGGAGGUGUUCCCUUGACGAUCUUGUGCGGUCACACCUUCCAUGCGCGUUGCUUGUCGCGCUGGUGCGACACCACGUGUCCGGUGUGCCGCUUUCAACAGCAUCCUUAUCAGACCUCCUCCUGUGAUGUCUGUGGUCAGGCGGAAGGUGUCCACAUUUGCCUGGUGUGUGGCUUCAUCGGCUGUACAGCGCCGCAAGGAGAAGGCCAUGCACUACAACAUUUUGAGAGCUCCUCCCAUGCCUAUGCCCUGGACGUGAACACACAACAUGUGUGGGACUACGCUGGCAAUGGCUACGUGCACAGGCUGCUCUUCAACGACUCCGACGGCAAGAUGGUGGAGCACACCGUGCCCGCCGCGGACGGCGGCGCUGCAGCCGCCGGGCUCACGGCGCGGUCCGUCUUCGGAGAUGUGCGCUGGGCGGACAUGGAGGACGACGAUUGUGAGAAGAUCGCGGCGCUCUUCACCCGGGCGUCCGCUGCCAGCAGUUCCUCCUCCAACACCAAGAAGCAGGAGGCCAUCGUGAGCGAGUUCAACAAUCUCCUGUCCUCCCAAAUGACCGCUCAACGUGAGCACUUCGAUGAGCUCAGGCAGGACAUCGAGAAGCAAUGUGCCACGGAGCUUUCUGAGUUGGAGGACCAACUGAGGCUUUCCAAGCAGAAGGCGGAUGAAGCGCAGAGGCAGCUGACCGAGUCGCAGGAGGAGUUGAAGACUCUCGAGCAGAAGAUCGCCCAGGCUGUGGCAGAUGAGGCCCUCGCGCAGCGCCAGCGAAGUCAACUGGAGCAGCUGAAUCAGCGGCUGUCGCAGGAGCAACGCGCCUUCGAGGAUCGUCAGGACACCGCAGCAGAGAAGAAGAAGAGCGGCCGACAACUGCGGGACCGUAGACCUGGUUGCACCGGGGGCGUCCGAGGGGUGGGAUGA